AUGGGCGGCGGCGGUGGCCUGACCAAGGCAGACACAGAUCUGUCGUGGGGCGCGCCGGCGGGGCUGCCCAUGCGGGGGCGCAACGACGAGAACCUGGUGAUCUUCCGGCGGGCGGUGGGGAUCAACAGCUGGAGCGGGCCGCCGGCGGGCGGGGGCGGGGGCGGCAGCGGCGGCGGGGCGGACCACCCAGCUGCGCUGGAGGAAGGACGGCAGCGGCGGCGGGGGGGCAUCUACGCGGCGGCCGCGCGCGAGGUGCGCCGCAAGGCCGUCCAGUAUCACCUCCUCUCGCUGCUCAUCAACGCGAGCCACUUUGCGCAGAUCAUCAUUGGCGCGUCGUUGACUGCUUUGGGGCCGAGUGCCGGCGACCACGUCAAGGUCAUCACCGUGCUCGGGGCGAUCAACACGGUGCUCGCGGGGGUGCUGGCCUUGAUCAAGGGCCAGGGCCUGCCUGACCGGCUGUACCACGACCGGGCCGAGUACCGGAGGCUUGUGGACUGGAUCGAGCAAACCGAGGCGCUGCUGGCCGUCGGAGUCAUCGGGCGCGACCGCAAGGAGGUCGGGGUGCUGGUGGAGACGGCCUUCAAGAAGUACAACGCGGCCAGGCAGUGCGAGGAGAGCAACCUGCCCGAGAACUACGUCCGGCCGCCCGAGAGCGACGCGGUGAGUGUGGCAGGCGCGCGGGGGUCGCCGACGCCGUCAGCGCAUGUGCGAUCGCCCAGUCCGUAUCACCACUGA